AUGACUCUCCCUCUUUGUCUCCCUCUGCUGGUUGUGCUCCUGCAGCCAGCACUGUGUCUUUACAACUGCUCCUCUGUGUAUGAGAGGACCCCAGUCAAUUCAGACCUGACAGUUGACUGUGGCACGAACGUGAUCACCCUGGAGAUUAACCUGUGCACGGCUCAAUGGGCCGGCUUCAAUACCACAGACCUGGCUCUCAACGGAAAUCACAACACUUCAGACUGCCUCGGCUCUGUUGACACAAGUGUAUACCCUCCAAUCAUCCGUUACCAGCUUCCUGUCAACCACAGUCAGGAUAACCCCUGCAGACAGUCUCUGCAGAUAGUCGAUGAGGCCCCAGACCCCACAGGUCCCUUCAGCAGCUUCUUAAGCAUCCAGUCGGUUAUAAUCACAGGGUACAUUGACACACCCAAAUCUGACCAGGGGCUGAUUAGCUACUUAACAGACCUUUACUAUCACUUCUCCUGCCGCUAUCCGCUGGAGUACCUAAUCAACAACACACAGAUUGUUGCCUCUUCAGUUUCUGUGGCAACCAGUGAUAAUAAUGGCACCUUCAUCGAUACACUGAUGAUGGGUGUUUAUAAUGACUCGGACUACAUGUACCCAUUAGUGGUACCUUCAUCAGGGCUUGAGCUACGAUCCAGGAUCUAUGUAGAGGUCAAAGCUGUUAACCUCACGGGAAAUUUCCAUGUUCUGCUGGAUCACUGCUUCGGUACACCCAAAGCAUAUAACAUGUCACAGACUGAGCAGCACAACUUCUUCACUGGCUGUUCAUUGGACCAGAGGACAUUUGUGACAAGCAACGGCCUCUCCAAGGAAGCCCGGUUCAACUUCGAGGCCUUCCGCUUUGUUCAGCACCGGGACAAGGCCAAGUCAAGCAUCUAUCUGCACUGCAUACUAAGACUAUGUGAGCCCAGUAAAUGUCAAGAGCUGCUCUCUGGCUGUAACAGCAGAAGAAGAAGAUCUUUGACUCCUUUUGGAGAAGAAACCAGCGACUCUGCCACUGUUUCAGUCGGACCUCUUUACACUGCCAACGAAGACCGUCCAUAUGCAGCUGGCUUCAGUAAUAACAUGGCAGCAGAGAUGGAGGAUGUAAACGUGACGGGCCUGGUGGUAGGGGUGGUGUUUGGAUCGGCUGCUGCUGCCCUGCUGGUUUUGGGGGGCUGGUUCGCCCUGAAGAAGUUUUAUUGGGUAGGAGGAUUACCUCAUGCUUUUGACUGACAGAUCAACAAGCAAAUCCUCUUUCUUGUAUAAAUCCUUUGGUCUAUUAUUACCACAUCUGUAUUCUGAAGUCAUUAUAUGAAGGAACAGUCAAACAGAAACUAUGGUUCAUUGAAGUCAAUUCACAUGUGAUGUUGUUAAUUUGAUUCAAAGCUCCUGUGAGGAUUUUAUAGCUUGUUAUCAAACAGACUGAAAUGAAAAGUGUUGUCUCUUCAUGACCUUUAAAGGAAAACAAGACCAUCAGCAUGUAUAUAAAGUUAUUUUUAAUGUCUGAAGCUGCAACAGU